CGGGAACUUAGUGGCACAAACUUCGAUUUUUGUGACUUUGCGGUUUUGCAAACGGUCUGAGUCAUCAUUUCUCGACAGCGUGGCUGUUUUGGGGGCCGGUCGCAGCUCCCCGGCAGCCAUUUUGUGAAUGCCCAAACCCCCUUCUCGCUAACCAGGCAGCCAUUUUCUAUAAUCCCCCUAACCCCUCCCCCUCCUCCGGUUCUGAAACACUCAAAAUGAUGGGCAGCCCACAAGGAUGCUGUGGUCCUUUGGGGACUCACGUCAGGGGCUGCCGGACCUGUACCACGUUCUGUACCACGUACCAUGGUAGAGGGGGCUGGACUAGAAGACCUCCAAGGUCCCUCCCAGCUCUAUUCUAUUCUAUUCUGCCAGGGGACAAAAGGGAGCAGAGGCAAUUUUCUACCCUCGUGGAAGUGCUUUUCCAAUUCCUGCGAGAACCCAAAGAGGUGGAGAGGUUCCUGGCUCACCUGUCCGACUUCGCUACAGGGAAUAAAAUCAGCCUCGGCCCUCUGAAGAGUAUCAUCAAAAGCCUCUUGCUGGUGCCCAGUGGUGCCUUAAAGCGGAGCCUGUCUGCAGAACAAGUCCGAGCAGAUCUUAUCACCCUGGGGCUGAGCGAGGAAAAGGCCAGGUAUUUUGAAGAACAGUGGAAGGAAACUUCUCCCGCCCUCUCACGCCUGGCUGUGGGGCAGACGCUGAUGGUUAAUCAGCUAACAGACAUGGAGUGGAAAUUUGGAGUGACGGCCGGAAGCAGUGAGAUGGAGAAAGUAGGAAGCAUUUUCCUGCAGCUGAAACUGGUGGUUAAGAAAGGCAGCCGGCUGGAACCAGUAUAUCUAGAAUUAACCCUGCCCCAGUUUUACAGCUUCCUUCACGAGAUGGAAAGGAUGAAGUCCAGCCUGGAGAGCCUCAGCUGAUUUUCCUGCCCACCAGACUCUGCAGGACAUCUGGACCUCAGGACCAAGACCAUUCCUUCCUUCCGCUGGGGGGGUGGGGGUGGGGGUGGGAAUUGCAAUCCAUUCUGGAUUGAGUGGGCGAAAUACAGUUUCACGGUUAAAAUGGUUUGUACAACCUGUCGGUCCCGGUUUGCAUCAAAGGACAAGAUGGGAAAUGGUUUGUGGAAGCAAAACUGAAAUGGAAAAUAAAAGUUUCUCCUUUCAAACAA